AUGAGGGUGCUUCCUACGACGCUCCUCAUCGGAGCUGCGGCCGCUUCCCUGCGCCCUGCUCAGCAGGUCCUUCAGGCUCCAGAGGAUGUUAAAGAGAUCGAUGAUUUUGGCUUCGCCUAUGAGCCCUUGGAGGGUACCUACGAAAUAGUCUCUGAUGUGGACUACGAAGAGGGCCCCGAGGCUACCGAUUCUAUCUUCGAGCCGCUCCACGAGUUCAAGGAACAGCUCAAGUCCUUUACCUCCGAGGCCCAGGAGGUUUGGGAGGACAUGGCUAACAUGUUCCCCGAAACUCUUGAUAACCUUCCAUUCUUUUCAUCUCCUAAGAAACACACCCGCCGUCCUGACUCCCACUGGGACCACAUCGUUCGAGGCUCGGAUGUUCAGAGCAUCUGGGUCGAGAAUGCUGAUGGCCAGAAGGAACGUGAAGUUGGCGGAAAGCUUGAGGCCUAUGACCUGCGUGUGAAGGCUGUGGACCCUUCUUCUCUCGGCAUUGACCCCGACGUCAAGCAGUACAGUGGAUACCUGGACGACAACGAAGAAGACAAGCAUUUAUUCUAUUGGUUCUUUGAAUCACGAAAUGACCCCAAGAACGACCCCGUCGUUCUUUGGUUGAACGGCGGACCCGGCUGCUCAUCCUUGACCGGCCUGUUCUUCGAGCUCGGACCUAGCGCCAUCGGAAAGAAGGUCAAGCCCAUCUACAAUCCUUACUCGUGGAAUUCCAAUGCCUCUGUUAUCUUCCUCGACCAACCCGUCAACGUCGGGUUCUCCUACAGCGGUAGCUCCGUUAGCGAAACUAGUGCUGCUGCUAAGGAUGUUUACGCCCUUCUCACUCUUUUCUUCAAGCAAUUCCCCGAAUAUGCUACCCAGGACUUCCACAUUGCUGGAGAGUCUUAUGCUGGCCAUUACAUUCCUUCCUUUGCUUCUGAAAUUCUGUCCCACAAGAAGCGUAACAUCAACCUCAAGUCUGUCUUGAUCGGUAAUGGCUUGACUGAUGGCUACACCCAAUAUGCUCACUACCGACCAAUGGCCUGCGGUGACGGCGGCUACCCUGCCGUUGUUGACGAGAGCACUUGCCAGUCUAUGGACAACGCUUUGGGACGCUGCCAGUCCAUGAUUCAGGCUUGCUACGACAGCGAGAGCGCUUGGACUUGUGUUCCUGCUUCUAUCUAUUGUAACAAUGCUCUUUUGGGCCCUUACCAACGCACCGGUAAAAACGUCUACGAUGUCCGCACUGAUUGUGAGGAUAGCAGCUUGUGCUACUCUGGUCUUGAGUUCAUUAGCGAAUACCUCAACAAACCCGAGGUUCAGAAGGCUGUUGGAGCUGAAGUCGACAACUUUGACUCCUGCAACUUCGACAUCAACCGCAACUUCCUUUUCCACGGCGACUGGAUGAAGCCAUUCCACAAGCUCGUUCCUGGCCUUCUCGAAGAAAUCCCAGUUCUGAUCUAUGCUGGUGAUGCCGACUUCAUUUGCAACUGGCUUGGCAACAAGGCCUGGACUGAUGCUCUUGAAUGGAGUGGCCACGAAGAUUAUGCCGCUACCCAGCUCCAAGAUCUUGAGAUCAUCGAUCAGGAGCACAAGGGUAAGACGAUUGGUCAGGUCAAGUCCUCGGGCAACCUCACCUUCAUGCGUCUGUAUGGAGGUGGACACAUGGUGCCCAUGGACCAGCCAGAGGCCAGUCUUGAGUUCUUCAACCGCUGGAUUGGAGGCGAGUGGGCUUAA